AUGCUUCCUAUUCUUCUUUCAUCAUCAUCAAAGCUUCAUGCUCGACAAACCAAACGAGGUCCCUGCCCUAUUGACUCUUCUUUUCUGCAGCGGCAAACACAUGUUCCCAGUGGUUUCAUUUGGCCAGAAGCCGACUUAGUGGCGGCUCACGAAGAGCUCAAUGAACAUCUGAUUGAUCUCAAGGGUUUCUUCAAGGGUGACGAUGUAGCAACCGAGAAUGCUGCCAAGCUCAUUAGGGCUUCUUGCUUGAACCAUGGCUUUUUUCAAGUCACCAACCACGGUAUAGACUCCAGCCUCAUUCAACUCGUUGAGGAUCAUUUUGAUAAGUUCUUUCACCUCCCCAUUAGCGAGAAGCUGAGGGUCAAGAGAGUCCCCGGUAGCCCUUGGGGUUAUUCCGGCUCCCAUGCCGACCGAUUCUCCACAAAACUUCCCUGGAAGGAAACACUGUCUUUCGGCUUCCAUGAGAAUGGACCAGAGAAAGUCGUGGUGGAUUUCUUUAAAUCCAAAUUAGGGAAUGGUUUUGAAGAUACUGGGAAGGUGUACCAAAAAUACUGUGAAGCAAUGACGAGUUUGGCUCUUUCAAUAAUGGAGCUACUGGCGAUCAGCCUAGGAGUGAAGCGGUCGCAGUACAGAGAAUUCUUUAAGGAUGCUCAUUCUAUCAUGAGGUGCAACUACUAUCCGACUUGCCAAGAGCCAAAGCUUUCUCUUGGGACUGGUCCUCAUUGUGAUCCAACAUCCCUAACCAUUCUUCACCAAGACCAAGUUAGGGGGCUUGAAGUUUUUGUCGACAACAAAUGGCAAUGUGUGAAACCCAUCCGUGGUGCUCUGGUCAUCAACAUUGGUGAUACCUUCACGGCGCUAUCGAAUGGAUUGUACAAGAGCUGCCUGCAUCGGGCGAGUGUGAACGCCGUCACCGAGAGGAGAUCUUUGGCAUUCUUUUUGUGCCCUAAGGAUGACAAUGUGGUGAAACCUCCAGAGGAACUUGUUACUGAAGUAGGAACAAGGAAGUACCCAGAUUUCACUUGGUCCGAGUUGCUUGGAUUCACUCAGAACCAUUACAGAUGUGAUGAGUUUACCCUCCAUCAGUUCUUCAAGUUCAUCAAGUCUGAAUCCAAAUCAGUCAAUUGA